AUGCCAUUCCCCCCGACACUGCUCGACGUGCCCGUGCGCGAAGCGACGCCCGGCCCCGACCUCGACGACAAGCACCGCGCCCAGCUCGACGAGAUCAAGCGCCAAUUCAAUGCCGAGGGGUAUACGUUGCCCACUGCGGAGGGUGCCGGCGACGCGGUCCCGCUGUCGGAGCGCGAGAUGAUGUUCUUGGUUUCUGAAUGGUUCGUACGCCGAAGCAGCCCAGCCCCACAUACCCCGCUAACCAACCCCACAGCGACCAAGACUGGCGUGCACGCGACCAUUGAGCGCCUGGAGCGCUGCAUCGUCUGGCGGCGGUCCAUCAACAUCGAGGACAUUGAUGCCAUGGCCGCGCAGUGCGAGGACGAGUCGCGCUGGGGCAAGAACAUUGUGCAGGGCUUCACGCCGACCGGCCACCCGAUCAUGUACUUCUUCCCGUCGCGCAACCAGCUGCCCGUCGAGAAGCGGCGCGCAGUCAACGCAGUCUUUCUCGUCGAGCGGGCGAUGGAUCUCAUGACUGAUGGGGUUACAUCCGUCUACGUCGCGUUCAACUUUGGCGGCAAGCGGCAGGGCCCGCCAGCGUCCGUGUCCAUGGCGCACAAGACUCUGCACAUCAUGAGCGAGUACUACCCCGAGACGCUGGGCCUCGCCAUCCUGCAGGACAUGCCGUGGGUCGUGCGCGCGUUCGUCAACCUCAUGUGGCCGUUUGUCGACCACCACACAAAGUCCAAGAUCAAGUUUGCGUCCGGCAAGCAGACGUUCCAGGAGGCUGGCAUUGGCGAGGACAUUCUGCUCACCGAGUGUGGCGGCAAGAUGGCCCUCAAAUACGACCACGACAUGUACUGGCCCACCCUGAUCCAGCGGUGCAAGGAGUGCCGCGAGGAGCACCUCCAGCGCUGGCGCGCCCUCGGCCCCGCGCAGGUCGGCCGCGAGGAGCGCGAGUUCAAGAUCGCCCCCGCCAGCCCCACCGUCUCGCUCACAGCCCCACUCACGCCUACGACCAAGGAGACGGUCGCCAACGGCGUCGACGUGCGAACCCAAGACGUCAUCUAA